ACAAUAGCGUGGAGAUGUUAGUGGUGUCAGCGUUGCGCGGCCUUCGCGAGUUGUACGCGGCACACAACACACUGCAGCAUCUCGCUCUGCAUGGCGCCAUGCUGAGGAUCCUACGAGCUCCUUACAACCAACUAGAAACUUUAACAACAACAGUACCACCGAUCAACCUAGUCGAAAUCGACGUGUCGCACAACAAGCUCACCUCGUUACCGCAGUGGCUCAGCGGUUGCUCCGAUCUCACCACGCUUCACGCCAGCAAUAACCAGCUUACCUCCCUCCCAGAGCAUCUAUUCUGCAGCGAACUCUCCAGUUUAACCAGCUUACAUCUAGCCCACAAUAAGAUAUCCAGCAUACCUUCCAUGCCAAGACUAAGGUCACCGCUCCGAGAACUACUUCUACAUGAUAACUGUAUACAAUCCCUACCAGAAAACUUCUUCUCCACCUGCGAUCGAAUGUGCGUCUUGAAUCUAACUAACAAUAGACUAAGUCGACUACCACACGCCAGAGGUCCGUCAUCACACUGUCUUGAAAGACUCUAUCUUACUGCCAAUUGCCUCACUGAUGAAGUAGCAGAUGUUAUAAUAGCUUUCAGAGGAUUAAAGAUAUUACACAUCGCGUAUAACUGCCUCACAAAUCUACCAGAAACAUGUAUCAACUUCUGGCCAGAUAUUGAAGAACUUGUAUUAUCUGGAAACUGCCUUUCAAGACUUCCAGAAAAUCUGCCACAAUUGAAUAAUAUUAAGAUAGUAAGAGCUCAUUCCAACAGAUUACGGUCUGUACCAAUGUUUGCGUGCAGCGCUUCUGUAAAAAUAUUAGAUUUCGCUCAUAACGAAUUGGAUAGUAUAGACUUACGACUUCUUGCCCCAAAACAAUUGAAGUUUUUAGAUAUAUCAUGUAACAAAAAGUUGCAAGUGGAUCCUUCACAAUUUAGCGCGUACAGGUGUCAACGCCCUCUCAGUUUGGUCGAUGUCACCGGGCGACAUUCUUUACCUUGGACACAAAAAAGUGGUUAUCACGAAGAACUGAACGGCUCAACGCCUUGGAGUACCGGAUUCUCUGAAUGUCCAAAUAAAUCGUUGCAGCUGUGUUGUGCACAAAUACGUCUACCGUCUUUUUGCAAUAGGGAAGGUUUAUUUGCGAUAAUCGAUGGGGAAACUGAUAUUGAAGUGCCAAAAAUUUUACAAACGUCUAUACCCGGACUUGUACUUGAAGAAAAAUCAAUUAAGGAAACAGUUAAUGAGUAUAUGAAAUAUGUUGUUCUAUCUGCACAUAGAGAGCUCAAGGAAAAAGGACAGAAAAAAGGUGCUUGUCUAAUCAUGUGUCAUUUAUCACCCAUAACUGCGCAAGAAAACGGUUUUGGCCACUCGGCCCGCAAGUAUAGCUUAAAACUAGCCAACGUAGGAGAUACAAAAGCUGUUCUAAGUAGACGCAAUGGACCUUUAAGUUUGGGAAUCGAAAAUAAUAAAAGAUUGGGAUAUUCGACAAACUAUCCUAAUACUGUGCCAGAUCCUGACGUCAUACAAACCAUUAUUAAGGAAGACGAUGAGUUUCUUAUUUUAGGUAAUGGCCAUUUUUGGAAUGCUGUUAGUAUGGAGACUGCUGUAUCUGAAGUCAGAGCUGAACGAAAUCCCGUUUUAGCAGCCAAAAGAUUACAAGAUCUAGCACAAAGCUACGGCGUGGAAGAAUGUAUUUCAGUGUUAAUUGUUCGUUUUGAUACUGCUCGCUCUGAUGUAGAUUUGUUAAUGCGUGAGUUACGACAAACCAUAAAUAGCAAUAAAUCUGUGUGCCGAUCCGAUUGUUGCUGUUCACGUUUAGAGCCGUGUUGUCAUUCAGUGACGCCUCCAAAGCCGAGUAGUGAUCGUUCUUCUCCAAGUGGGCAGAGUGAUCGGCCGCCUAGCGAAGCUGUGAGUCACCAACAUUAUGCUAGCGUCAGAUCACAAGCUAAAGCAUCCGAACGAAGGAGUUGUCGAGGAGGCGUGGCCCGCGCUAUACGUGUUCGAGUCGAAGAAGAUAAGGAAGAUGAUCACAGACACGAAGAAGUAUCUAAUCCAGAAGAACAGUUCAAAUGUUGGGAGUACAUGCUCGAACAAAAUACUCAAAUGUUAUUUGAUAAAGAAUUAGAUAAUUUGUCGAAAGGUAUUAAGUCGAACGUGAGCAGCUUGAGAAACCUCAAAGGUCUAUCAGGCAGUAGUCCGCAGUUACAUUUGACAGGGAAACAAUCGAAAGGUAUGCCGUUUCUGUCAAAACAUUUCGGGAGUGCGAGGUCGUUUGGCACUGCACUGAAACCUGAUUUUAGAUUCGGAUCUGGUAGAUUACCCAAUGGAGGUCCAAAUGCAGCGUACUUUGGAUCUCUGCAGCGGCUCAUGCCCUAUCAUUUGGAAUACGAUUUUGCUGUGAUACAAGAGAAAUCCACCCAAGACUCCUUAGACCUCGAAGGUCGCAUGCAACAGUAUUGGGGUGUAGCGACUACCGAACUGUAAAAUGUAAUAUUGUAUUUCUUAGGUACUGAUAGCUUGUAAGUUGUAAAUAAAACUUUAUUGUAAUUACAUGUAAGUACAAUUAUUUAUAAUAUAGAUACCAUCCAUCUGUCGACUAGAUUUUUUGCACAAAGUAUUAUAAUCACUAUGGACUUGCCUAUAUCAGCUAUUAUUACUUAUAUUACAUUAUUUCUAUGUACAAUAUUGUGAUAAUUUCUGUCGAAUGUUAAAUAAAUAUGGGGUUACAUCUAUUCCAAUCAUAUUUUUCUUUUGUAUUAUUAUUUCAUAACAAUGUACAUUCAUAUGUUUAUGGC